UCCAGACUCCCCCAAACCCCGACCGCCGGCCCGGCGCGCGGCUGCGCCCACCGGUUUCGCGCUGCCGCCGCCGCCGCCGCUGCCGCGCCGCGUUGCCUCGGCCCGCGGGCCGCCAGGCUAGUGCCCGGGCCAGCCUUCCUCGGCCCGCGGCCCCGGUGUCCGCCGCCGCGCCGCGCCCGGGCCGGGUGUGGAUGGAGGGCGCCGCGCGCCCUGCCCGCAGCUCGGCGUGACGCGGGCCGCGAGCCCCGCGCCCACCAUGUCCUACCCGCAGGGCUACCUGUAUCAAGCGCCCGGCUCGCUGGCGCUCUACUCUUGCCCGGCGUACGGUGCGUCCGCGCUGGCCGCGCCUCGCAGCGAGGAGCUGGCGCGCUCGGCGUCCGGCUCUGCGUUCAGCCCGUACCCGGGCUCGGCGGCCUUCACGGCGCAGGCGGCCACUGGCUUCGGCAGCCCGCUGCAGUACUCGGCCGACGCUGCCGCCGCCGCCGCCGCCGGCUUCCCGUCCUACAUGGGCGCACCCUACGACGCGCACACGACUGGGAUGACUGGCGCCAUCAGCUACCAUCCCUAUGGCAGCGCGGCCUACCCGUACCAGCUCAACGACCCAGCGUACCGCAAGAACGCCACGCGGGAUGCCACGGCUACGCUCAAGGCCUGGCUGAACGAGCACCGCAAGAACCCCUACCCCACCAAGGGCGAGAAGAUCAUGCUGGCCAUCAUCACCAAGAUGACCCUCACGCAGGUCUCCACCUGGUUCGCCAACGCGCGCCGGCGCCUCAAGAAGGAGAACAAGAUGACGUGGGCCCCUCGGAACAAAAGCGAGGACGAGGACGAGGAUGAGGGCGACGCUGCAAGGAACAAGGAGGAGAGUCCUGAGAAGGUGCAGGAGGGCACCGAGACCUCGGCGGAGGACGAAGGGAUCAGUCUGCACGUCGACUCGCUCACGGAUCACUCGUGCUCAGCCGAGUCAGAUGGAGAGAAACUGCCCUGCCGCGCUGGGGACCCCCUGUGCGAGUCUGGCUCAGAGUGCAAGGACAAGUACGACGACCUGGAGGACGACGAAGACGAGGAAGACGAGUGUGAGCGGGACCUGGCGCCGCCCAAGCCUGUGACCUCGUCCCCGCUUACCGGCGUAGAGGCGCCGCUGCUGAGCCCCCCGCCCGAGGCCGCGCCCCGCGGUGGCGGCGGCGGCAAGACGCCCCUGGGCAGCCGGACGUCACCUGGCGCACAGCCGCCCACCAGCAAGCCCAAGCUGUGGUCGCUGGCCGAGAUCGCCACGUCGGACCUCAAGCAACCGAGCCUGGGCCCGGGCUGCGGGCCACCCGGGCUGCCAGCGGCAGCGGCACCCGCCUCCUCCGGGGCACCUCCGGGCGGUUCGCCCUACCCCGCUUCGCCGCUGCUCGGUCGCCACCUCUACUACACGACGCCCUUCUAUGGCAGCUACACAAACUACGGGAACUUGAAUGCGGCGCUGCAGGGUCAGGGGCUCCUGCGGUACAACGCCGCGGCCGCGGCCCCCAGCGAGGCUCUGCACGCAGCGCCCAAGGCGGCGAGCGACGCGGGCAAGGCGGGCACGCACCCGCUGGAGCCCCACUACCGGCCCCCAGGCGGCGGCUACGAGCCCAAGAAAGAUGCCAGCGAGGGCUGCACGGUGGUUGGCGCAGGCGUCCAGCCCUACCUAUAGAAGGGCCAGCUCAGCAGUGUAAGUAAGUGGGCACCCUGUGCCUCUCUGACCGUGGGAGCCUCCCAGUCCCAACUGGUUGUAUGAUUGCCUAAUGAGUUUUCUUGCUUCUUAUCAUGGGGUUUAGAGGACAGAGCCCUGCAGGCUUCUGGGUCUUUUUCCUAUAAGAGGGAAGCAUUGUUCUGCUUCACGGAUUUCUUCUUUUCUGCUCAAUUUCUGUUUUGAAGAAUCAUUCCAUUCUUUGGAAUAUGAAUAUAUAUGCAUAUAUAUUCCAAAUAUCAAUAUUUAUAUUCCAAGUAUCACCAUGGCUGUUGUUUUCCCUGAAAAAUAGAUGAUUAAAUUUGGGCAUUAGUAUGUCUGCUUGGAACAGUUUCUUUUCUUUUUUUACUCUGAUAGACACACAAUAGACGUCUAUUUUGAUGAGUGAGUGCUACUGAAUCUAGACUCGGGUAUCAAAAUCCUGUUACAGAUGCUGGUUGUAGAGACUUGCUAGUCUUUUUCUAGACCUGCCAUACCCUGUGUCCAAAUGCCUAGACUGCAGUUCUCCUGCAGAACCUUUAAAAUUAUGUUAUUUUGCAACUAGGCAAAAUGACUAAUCACAGAUCUGAAGAUGGGAAGAGGUGGAUCUGUUUCAGAUAGACUCGUUUUUGCAGUGUGAUGGUGUUAGUGUGGAACUGAAGGAUUUGGGAUGAUUUGGUUUUUUCCUUGGUCCACAGGUAGGUGUCACAAUUGCUUUGGAAAAAAAAAAAAAAAAAAAAAAAAAAACUCAGCAGGCCAUUCUCUCUUCCCAA